CGCUUCGCGAGCGGGAGACGCGCCGAUAGCAUGUACGCGUCCUCCGCCAUAGCUGCGCGCUGGCUGUCAGUGUCCGACCCGGGCGGCGCUGCCGAGGGCGACCUCGACGGCGGGCGCGAGUGGACACCAGAGGCGCUCGACGACGAGUGGGCGGAGCUUCUCGCAGCUCUCCCGAACGUCGAUGAAGAUCGCAUCCAUGCGGCGCUGCUGGGUGGCGUGCCAGACGCGAAACGCCCGCGCGUCUGGCUGGAGUUUUCCGGCGCCGCGCAGGCUAUGGCUGCGCGUCCCACGCUGUACGCCGACCUGUUGGAGCAGGUUGCCGCAUCCUCUGCAAGCGGUCGGGCGGAGACGGCAGUGCACUCCCAGAUAGAGAACGACCUGCGUAGGACACAGGUCGAUCGCAGCGCACGCGGCGCCAGCAGCCGAGGCGAGAGGGCGGGUGGAAGCCGGAGCGGAGGCGAGGGCACUGGAGGCGAGGGCACUGGAGGCGAGAGCGACGAGAGCGAGGCCUUGGGCGCGCUCCGCCGCGUGCUGCGCGCGUUCGCCGCCUUCAGCCCGAGCGUCUCGUACGUGCAGGGCAUGAACUUCAUCGCGAGCGGGCUGCUGUCCCAGCUCGACGAGGCCGAGGCGGCCUUUUGGAUGCUGACCCUCGUCGUGGCGGAGAGGCGCGUAGGCCACUUCUCGCCCACGAUGCGCGGCAACGCCGUCGACUGCCACGUCCUCGGCGCCCUCUCGCGGGCCGACUGCCCUCACCUGGCCGAGCGGCUCGAGGCGCUCGACGUGACGGUCCCUCUGCUCGCCACGCGCUGGUUCCUCUGCCUGUGGGUGUCGGUGCUGCCGCACGCGUCGCUGCUGCGCGUGUGGGACGCGCUCUUCACGCUCGGGCCGAGCGCGACCAUGCAAGUCGCGCUCGCUUGCAUGCGCGUCAUCCGCGUGCCGCUCCUCGCCGCGUCCGACGUCGGGCAGGCGCUCGGAGGCGCAAAGGAGUCUCUGCGCGCGACGGAUGGAGGCGCGCUGCUGCGCACCGCCCUGCUCGACGUGCCGCGCCUCUCGGCCGCAGACCUCGCGGCGUGGAGAACCCGUGGGCAGCAGAAGGCGAGCGAGGAGGCGAGCAGCCUCGAGGCGCUGCGCCGGAGCAGAGCCAGAGGGAGCAGCCAGGACGCGGCACGGUAG